AUGGAGGCCUUUCGCAUGGAUAUUAGUCCCAUAUCUGGACCAGUUGCCAACACGUUCCUUGUGUUAAUUAACGCAUUGUUAUAUUUUGUUAAAUUUAUGGGACGCAUUGAACAAUAUCCUGAAGAUUCCAGUUACACAAUUUUAAAUGCCACAUCAAAUGACACAAACGGCUUCGACUUCAUAAUUGUUGGAGGAGGGGCUGCAGGUUGUGCUUUAGCCAAUAAGCUUUCAAAAAUUCAGAGUUGGAGUGUUUUACUACUGGAGGCUGGGGAUUAUCCCAGUACAACUUCUGAAGUUCCAGGUUUUUAUGACACCAUACCGUUUAGUACUGAAGAUUGGGCAUUCAAAUUCGAAAAAGAAAACACGGCAUGUAUGGGGAAGAAGUGCAAGUAUUGCACUUUGACAAGGGGGAAAGUACUUGGAGGAACAAGCAGUAUCAACAAUAUGAUAUAUGUUAGGGGCAUUCCUGAACACGUGAACCAGUGGAAUCUUCCAGAAUGGAAUGGUUCAGUAGUACAUGAAAUAAUGCACACCUUAGAAGGUGCUGAGGAUUUAGAGAAUGUAACAGAAAUGGGCAGUGAAGGAGAAGUGAAUCUUAAAUAUUUCAACUACCAGGAUGUGCUCAAAAAUAUUUUAAUUGGCACUUACAAAGAGGCUGGCAUUGAGGAAUCAGAGAAAAGGAAGUACAUUCGUUUGACCCGCAACUUGGUUUAUGUGAAAGACGGGGAAAGAUUCAAUAUGGCUGAAGCAUUUCUGGCACCAAUAAAAGACAACCCCAACUUCUACUUAUCCUUGAAGUCGGAGGUCAUAAAGUUGAACAUGAAUCCUCGAGACCCAAAUAGGGUGAAGACUGUUACCGUGAACGUUCGUGGAAAGGUCAUGGACAUUAGAGUGAGGAAAGAGGUGAUUUUAACUGCUGGUGCUAUUAACAAUGCCAAAAUACUACUAUUGAGCGGAAUUGGACCUAAAUGUGAGCUGGCGAGGAGGAACGUCACAGUUGUUAAGCACUUACCAGGCGUUGGGAAGAACCUGCAGAUGCAUCUCAACGUCCCUGUGUUCGUAGGGAUUAAGAAAUGUAAGGAUGGGCAGGAGGACAACAUAGAGGAUUGCGAGUUGGACGCUUACAAACAGCACGAUUUCUUUCGGGACAUUUUUUACUAUGUCAUUCAUAGAGAAGGCAAUUUGGCUAACAUUGAUAUAAACGACAUUGUUGUUUAUAUGUACACUAAACGAGGUGGUGGCAUUUUUCCCAAUGUGGGGAUAUACCAUAAUUAUUUCAAGAUAAACGACACCAAGUUUCAAAAUGUCCUGAACACAUUUCAGUUCACCCCUUCUAUAGAUCGUUGCUUACGUUAUUUGAACAGAGGUCGCUCUGUUGUGUUGUUCUCUAUAUCUUUGUUAAGACCUGACAGCAAAGGAGAAGUUUCCUUGAACGACAAAGAUAUUUAUGCCAACCCCAAAAUCACUCCCCAUUUUUUGACAGCAGGAGAAGACAUGGAUACACUAACAACCGCCUUCAAACUAGUAAAAAACAUGAUAGAAAACAAUGAAAUCAACACAUUAAAUGCAUCUGUACUUAACAUCGACAUUCCCAACUGCAGACAUCUAGCCCCAGGUUCUGUUAAAUAUGCCAGAUGUUACAUUAUAAAUAUGGCGUAUCCCAUACCGGAUGUGGCGGGCACGGCAAAAAUGUCUAUGCCAUGCGACAACAACAUGGUGGUGAACAAGGUUUUGGAAGUUAGAGGCAUUAGAUGUGUGAGGGUUGGUGACUCCAGCAUUUUACCCAACAUUACUAUCGGCAGUUCAGUCGCCACUGACAUCAUGUUAGGGUUCAGACUCGCUGAAAUCCUCAAAGGAAAAUGGUUGAAGCAUUACUCUUCUAAUUAUACAAUUGACACCCAAACUGGUGUUUGAAUUUAUGUUUAAAAUUUGGACUAAUUACUUAAAUAAAAUCAAUUGUGGCAA